AUGGCUGCUCAAGUCACCCCUUCCAAGCAGGCUGCCUCUGCCAUUGAGAACUUCAAGAUGGAGUCCCCCGCCAAGAAGCUCAACUUCGGUACAUCCAACAAGGAGAACCAGACCACCGGUGCUGGUAUGGACCUGAAGGCCAAGUGGGAGGAGGCUGAGGAGGCCGAUGAGCCUCUUCUCCAGGAGAACCCCCAGCGUUUCGUUCUCUUCCCCAUUAAGUACCAUGAGAUCUGGCAGAUGUACAAGAAGGCUGAGGCCUCUUUCUGGACUGCCGAGGAGAUUGAUCUGUCCAAGGAUCUUCACGACUGGAACAACCGCCUGACCUCCGACGAGCAGUUCUUCAUCUCUCACAUCCUUGCCUUCUUUGCCGCCUCUGACGGCAUCGUCAACGAGAACCUUGUCGAGCGAUUUAGCGGCGAGGUCCAGAUCCCUGAGGCUCGAUGCUUCUACGGCUUCCAGAUCAUGAUGGAGAACAUCCACUCCGAGACUUACUCUCUGCUCAUUGACACCUACAUCAAGGAGCCUUCCCAGCGAACCUACCUCUUCAACGCCAUUGAGACCAUCCCUUGCAUCCGCAAGAAGGCCGACUGGGCUAUCCGAUGGAUCCAAGACAAGGACUCUUCCUUUGCUCAGCGUCUCGUUGCCUUUGCUGCCGUCGAGGGUAUCUUCUUCAGCGGUGCCUUUGCUUCCAUCUUCUGGCUCAAGAAGCGUGGUCUCAUGCCCGGUCUGACCUUCUCUAACGAGCUCAUUUCUCGUGAUGAGGGUCUUCACACCGACUUUGCCUGCCUCCUCCACUCCCACCUCAAGGGCCGUGCUAGCAAGCAGGUCAUCCAGGACAUCAUCACUGAUGCCGUCACCAUUGAGCAGGAGUUCCUGACUGAGGCUCUCCCCUGCGCCCUUCUCGGCAUGAACGCCGACCUCAUGAAGCAGUACAUCGAGUUCGUCGCUGAUCGUCUUCUGGUCGCCCUCGGCAACGAGAAGGUCUACAAGUCCGCCAACCCCUUCGACUUCAUGGAGAACAUCUCUCUGGGUGGCAAGACCAACUUCUUCGAGAAGCGUGUCGGUGACUACCAGAAGGCUGGUGUCCUUCACAGCGCCACCAAGAACACUGAGGAAGAGGCACCCAAGGGUGAGAACGGCGGUGACUUCACCUUUGACGAUGACUUCUAA